CCGCAGCAGACAGACUAACUGAUCAGAACGCUGGUCAACAUGUGUCUCCUGUCUGUGUUAUAUGUCCUCAUAAGUCUUUACUGCUGUCAUUCUGCUACAGUAUUUGUAGAGAAAAACGAGGCUCAUGAAGUGUUGUUGCGGAUGAAACGGGCGAACUCAGGCUGGUUUGAGGAGCUGAAGAUGGGUAAUCUGGAGAGGGAGUGUCUGGAGGAAAAAUGCUCCUAUGAGGAGGCGCGUGAGGUUUUUGAACACACGGAGGUCACAAAUGAGUUCUGGAUAAAAUACAAUGUUAAAGAUCACUGCAAAUCAAACCCCUGUGAGAAUAACGGCAAGUGCGAGAUUCAUAACGCAGAAUCCUACACGUGUCUGUGCGCGCCGGGCUUCAAUGGACGCCACUGUGAGCACGUCAUUAAGGAUGUUCCUGACUCGUGUCUCCAUGACAACGGGCGCUGUGAGCACUUCUGUGUGGAGGAGGAUGGUCAACGUAACUGUUCCUGUGCAGACGGGUAUUUAUUAGGGUCAAACGGUCAGAACUGCCUGACACAUGAGGCUUUUCCGUGUGGAAAGGUUCCACUUCUUCAGGGUAAAGGAAGUGCUGUCAACCCUUAUGAAGACCCCAGAUCUCGUAUCGUUGGUGGAGAGGAAUGUCCUAAAGGUCACUGUCCUUGGCAGGUGUUGCUGAAGUACAGUGAGAAGGGCUUCUGUGGAGGUGUGAUCUAUAAACCCACCUGGAUCAUCACUGCCGCUCACUGUUUAGAGAAUCUCAGAGUUGAGUUCCUCAAGAUAGUUGCAGGUGAGCAUGACAUUGAGGUGGAGGAGGGCACAGAGCAGAUCAUACAGGUGGAUCAGAUGAUCAUGCACCCCAGAUACGUAUCAAAGACCGCAGAAAACGACAUUGCAUUAUUGCGUCUGCGCAGCCCCAUCAUAUACAGUUCAUAUGCUGUUCCUGUGUGCCUGCCUCAGCGAGACAUGGCCAUAAACGUGUUAUGGACCAUCAGCAAGCACACGGUGAGCGGGUGGGGCAAACGCAGCGAGGAUGGGCCGACAUCACGAUUACUGCGACGGCUGAUAGUGCCUCGAAUCCGCACGCAGGAGUGCAUCGAGAAGAGCAAAGUGUCCAUCACCAGCAACAUGUUCUGUGCAGGUUACAUCGAGGGAAAGCAAGACUCAUGUCAAGGCGACAGCGGUGGGCCACUGGUGACCCACUACAGGGACACCACAUUUCUGCUGGGUAUCGUGAGCUGGGGUCGAGGGUGUGCUCGCCCGGGGACAUACGGCAUCUACACGCGUGUCUCCAACUACCUGCAAUGGAUCCAUGAAUGUGCAGGAAACACCGUUCUCAAUACUACAGCAGCAAUUAUUGAGCUUCAAAAAUGACACAAAUGAAGAAUUACUCAUUUACUAUUUAUAUUUACCUGACUUUUUAUGAAUUACAUGAUUACAUAUUAAUUUAUCAAUCCCUCUAAUUCUUCAUUUUAAAUCCACCUAUGUGGAUCUGGGUAGCUCAGCGAGUAAAGACGCUGGCUACCACCCCUGGAGUUCGCUAGUUCGAAUCCCAGGGCGUGCUGAGUGACUCCAGCCAGGUCUCCAAAGCAACCAAAUUGGCCCGGUUGCUAGGGAGGGUAGAGUCACAUGGGGUAACCUCCUCAUGGUCGCUAUAAUGUGGUUCUCACUCUCGGUGGGGCUUGUGGUGAGUUGAGCGUGGUUGCCACAGUGGAUGGCAUGAAGCCUCCACACAUGCUAUAUCUCCGUGGCAACGCACUCAACACGUGAUAAGAUGUGUGGGUUGAUGGUCUCAGACACGGAGGCAACUGGGAUUCGUCCUCUGCCACCCAGACUGAGGCGAAUCACUACACAACCACGAGGACUUAAAAAGCACAUUGGGAAUUGGGCAUUCCAAAUUAGGAUAAAAAGGGGAAAAAUCCGAAAUAAAUAAAUAAAUAAAUAAUCCACCUACAGCUUAUAUAGUCUUCGAGUGUUUUCGGCUUCACAAUUUUUGAAACAGUUUUUAUUUAUGACGUUGAUUUACAUAAAUAACUGGUCUAAUCUUUUAAGUAAUCAGAUUACAAGAACCAAGUACUAGUAAUCAGUAAUUACAGUUACAUUUUGUUGUUGCUUACCGGUAAAUGCAUUAAAAGAAAACUCUUAAUGGAUCAAAAUAUGAGAAUUUAUAUGUUUUUGUGUCUGUUUUCAAGAGAAAUAAAAAAGGCACAUAAAAUGGAA